UGUUCCGACUCCUAACCCUUCCCAGAAUCCCACUGGGAUGGAGAGAGUUUAUUGUCAGUAUAACACAUCUCUGUUUGCCAUCGGCUUUGAUGACUUGUUCUUCUUCCACAUGGCACACUCUUCCGGCAUUUCCAGGACCUUCAGACUCACAAAAUUUGAAGAUGCAGAUCCAUACUGGAAUUUUUACCAGCUAGAUGACACUCCACCACCUUCACCUCUGACCUCUGACCCCUUCAGACAGCAUGACCAAGAGCGCUCACUGGAAAUUGACCAUGAAAUAAUCAAGGACAAAAAUGGCGGGAACAUUCACAACAAGUCAACACAGAAACAUGUGGAAGAUGGCGGGAAUAAAACUGAGGUCUUGGCUGACAGGCCAGAACUGAUAUCUGAGUACUCACUCCCUGGUCCAUCUAACCUAAACUGUAUGCUCAGUGACGGGAAUAAUUUGAGCUGUAGCUGGGAUCUCAAAACAGAUCUGGCCCAGUACAUCAGCUACACACUGUCCUACCGGACACACUCCACUGCACCGAACGAGUGGUGCUGUGUUGAGAAGGUGGAGGUCACAAAUAAAGGAGCUUUGUUGAGGAUGGUUGGUGUCUUCAGUGUCUUUGAGCCUGGAGUGCUGCAGGUGCAACUCACGCCAAUGCCGGUGACCAAAGUGAUCCGCUCUUACGAACACAUCCAGCCUGCAUGUCCCGCGGGUCUGAGCGUUGAACUGAGAGGAGAAGACUGGAUUUUGAACUGGACUUUAACAAAGUAUCGUACUGUACCUCUCACUACUGAACUCAAGUACUUGAGCCUACUAACUCCUGAGGAUGUAAAGAGCAUCUUUCUCUCUGACGGAGAGAUGGUGUUUGCAAUAUCAGAGCGUUCUCUCAAGGGUUCCUCAGAGUAUCAUGCUCAGGUUCGCUGUAAUGUGAGUGCAUCCAGACGUUCAGGAUGGCGUUACUCUGGAUAUCCCUCAGAGUGGAGCGACCCCGUCUACUGGACCACACGGCCUGAACCUCUUGCGCCACAUCUAGUUACAUUUCUCCUGUACUUCCUCAUUGCGACUCUCGCGUCAGCUGUCUCCAUCAUAGCUUUUAUCAUUCUGGUUAUCGUUCAGCGAAGACUGAGAGAAUGGGACUUGUCUCUUCCCUCUCCUGUCCACAGCAAAGUCUCAGAGGUGUCAGAGCAUCCCCAGAUGGACCACUUCCCCUGCUGUACCGAAUUGAAGGAUCCUGAUAUCAGUAAUGCUCAGAUUGUAGAUGUCCAUCCGCAGUUCUCCUCAUUCGAUUCAGAAAAUAUCUUAACCGCUGUUGCCAACAACCAGUACAGAGAAACCGAGGGCACUGGAGUGAUUUUGCAUGUUGAUGAUCCAUGCCUUGUGUCCUUGUGUUCCUCUGGGAAUGCAAUGGGAAGAAAUGGUCCAUUUCAGCCUCGUACCACCAACUUCCAUGACCCAGUUCUCCCAUGUUCAGAGGGAUACAUGCAGAAUCCUGGAACUUCUGUUGGCACUACCCAGAAUGCAUCGCAAGUGGCUUGUUGUCUGAAUGUAGAAAUGGGUGAUGGGUACAUGAAUUGCCCUAAGCCUGAUUUGAUCUCACCUAAACGAAGGACAAAUUUAAGACAAGAUCCACCUUCUUCAGGAAGUGCUCCAGGAAGACUCUGAGUGGUGUAUAUAUUUAUAUAUUCCACAUACUUUCAACUCAUCUAAAAGAAUACAAACAUGUACAAAGAUAUCAAAUAACGAAGGAAAUCACAGAAACUCAUGGCUGCUGUUUCUGCAGUGACCACCAGAGUGUAGUACAGUACUACAUAAUCUACUGUAGUUUGAGACUUUGGGCGAUGCCAGGAGUGUGCAAGCCUACUCCUGGAGAUCCACUGUUUUGCAGAGUUCAGCUCCGACCCCAAUUAAAUAUACCCCAUGAAACAUGAAAUCAUGAAAUGAACAUGAACAAAGUGAAAUCUCCAGGCAAGUGUGUUGGGGCACAUUGGAGCUUAAAUCAUUGGUUUUCGAGGAGCAGGAUUAAACACCCCUCAAUCACCCUUUGCUUUAUAAGCUUACAUGCACAUUAUUGUUUCACUCAAUAAAAUGUAGUUGUCUGCCAAAUAUAUCUCUUUA